CUGUAUAUAUAGUAACACACACACACACACACACAAAAGCUAGGUUAUUUAUUUCCCGCGAAAUUCUCAUUUUCAGUUCUUUACUCAGCUGAAAAAGAUUUGCAGACUGAAGCUUUGAGUGAAUUUCAAGAAUGGCAGCGGAGACUCAAAGCAUUUCUCGGUUACUAAACCCAUUGGCAUUUCAUAUUCAGAAAUUGGGUCUUGAACUCAAAUGCCCUCUUUGCUUAAACUUGCUGAAUAAACCUAUGUUGCUUCCAUGCGAUCAUAUUUUCUGCAACCUCUGUGUUCCAAGGUCUACCCAAGUUCAAUGUGAAUGCCCUGUAUGCAAACAUCAAUAUGUUAAUCAAGAAAUAAGGGCAGUGCCUCAUGUGGAGAGUAUGAUAGCCAUAUUUAGAAGCUUAGAUGCUACUUUCAAUGCUAAAGUCUUUCAAUUCAAAUCUCCUGAUGCUGGAUGGUCAUCGGAACAAUAUCCUAUUUCUGUUAAUCUUGAUGAUAAAUCAAGAAAUGAACAAACUGUCAAAGCCAUAGUAAGCAGCAAUGAUCCAAACAAGGAAAUUAAUAGGUGCAAUGGACAUGGAAUUCCUUGGAAUGGUGUGAGUCAUUUGAGUCUUUUGCCUUCUUCUGACAGAAAGGCAGACUUGAAAAAUGAAAGGAAUAUUGCAGAGGAAAUAGAUUUGAAUCAAUUGCAACAACAAUCACCAGGCAGCUCUCAUUCAUCUGAUAACAACAAAGAUAUAGUUAAAGAGACAAGUGAACUGAGAGUAAGAAAUAAUGAUAUAAAAAGCCAUACUGCGAAGAUGUCCGUAGAAGAUAGCUCACACGUGGUUGAAGGUCUAGUGCACCACACAAUUAAGCAUGAACAUGUGUUUGAGGAAAGAGACUUGAAGAGACAAAAGAAAUUAAGCUAUGAAUUGUCAGAGACGGUCUUGCAAAGUCAUGCUAUUACCAACUCUGACCGCUCUUUGGCAUGUAAAUUGAGUGAAUCUUCUUUGGUUGCUCAGCCAAAAGCAGUUUCAGAUCAACAUCUUCCGAAAGGAAGUGUUUGUGCUUUCUGCCACACAUCUAAGAUAACAGAGGGAACUGGACCAAUGCUGCACUAUGCAAAUGGAAGGGAGGUGGUGGGAGAUGUUACUUCACUUUCAAAAGCCAUACCUGUGCACAUGAAAUGUAUUGACUGGGCACCUCAAGUAUAUUAUGAUGGAGAUACCUUGAGAAAUUUGGAGGCUGAAUUGGCAAGAGCUGCAAAACUCAAGUGUAGUGGCUGUGGCCUAAAGGGUGCAGCACUUGGCUGCCUCAUGAAGUCAUGCCGCAGGAGUUAUCAUAUGCCUUGUGCAUUUGAAAUCCAAGACUGCCGAUGGGAUUGUGACAACUUUGUAAUGCUCUGCCCGAGUCAUAAAUCUGUCAAAUUUCCUAGUGAGAAGUCAAAGUCUAGGAAGCGUGCCAGUAUGGAAGCAUGUCCAGAAUCUGCUCCCAUAACAUCUGAGCGAUUGAAUUUUUGGGCAACAUCAUCAGAUGGACCCAAAGAAUGGGUUCUAUGUGGAUCUGCUCUAUCCUCAGAAGAGAAGUAUAUGAUGGUCAAGUUUGCUAACAUGUGCGGCGCAACUGUGUGCAAGACUUGGAACCCAAAUGUCACCCAUGUCAUUGCAGCAACAGAUGAAAAGGGUGCAUGCACCAGAACACUGAAAGUUCUCAUGGCAAUUUUGGGUGGAAAAUGGAUCCUAACAAUUGAUUGGAUAAAAGCCUGCAUCGGAGCAAAUUGUCCUGUGAUUGAAGAACCUUAUGAAGUUAGCCUGGACAAUCAUGGCUGUUUUGGUGGCCCUAAAGCUGGUAGGCUUAAGGCUUCAUCCAAUGCACCUAAACUUUUUGAUGGUUUCAAGUUUUAUCUGAGUGGAGAUUAUGUAGCAGCUUACAAAAAGGACCUAUUAGAUCUAGUCGAAAAGGGUGGAGGUUCCAUCAUUCACAGUAAGGAACAGCUGAUUUACCAGAUAGGUUCUAUGAAAGCAACUAACUCAUCUUGUCUAGUUGUUUAUAAUCUUGAUCCUCCACGCGGUUGCAUGUCUGGCGAAGAUAGCAAUGUUUUGCUGCACAGACAAGCUGAGGCUGAAGAUUUGGCCAAGCAAAUUGGUUGUCAGGUCAUUCAGCAUACAUGGAUCCUGCAGUCUAUUGCUGCAUGUAAAUUAGAACCUUUCUGCUGAUAUAGCAUUGCAAGUUUCAAUAUAACAGUGAGCACUAGUUUAUGUUUAGGAAGAUCCCGCAAAGUAACUUUAUUCAUUUGACAGAUGAGAGUAAACUGUCUUGUUGUUUGUA